AUGUAUAACCCACAUCGCUUUGCUAGGCAUCAUGGAUUUCAUCAAAAAUUAUCGGGUACUCCCUUACAUCCAUCAAUAAUUUCAUUUGAUGCCUCUUUUUUAUAUCGGGCGUGGUUGAGUUUAACUAGGAUAAACAGUGGGGCAGGAUUCCAUGUCCUUAAUAAUUAUGCUCGCAUUGAGAAUCGAUAUGACAAUAGUUAUAACAACUGGUGGAAAUAUGAUGUACUCCCACACCUAGAUGACAUCAAUUGUAAAACCUUGUUAGCUAGUGAAUCUGAGAAUUUCAAAUUCAAAGCUCAAGCUAAUGGGUCAGGGAAGGGGAAAUCCCUUCCUAUAGUAGCUAAAACUCCUUCACGUCUUCGAAAAUGGGACACUUCAAAGAAUUGUUUGAAUUCUCAAGAACAACUGGCUCCAAAGAUGUUAAAGGUCACAACACCUAUUUCAAGAUCAGCUAAUGUUCGAUUUGUUCAUCCUUUAAACUUCCCAGAGUCUGCUGAAGUAAUUCAAGAGAGGUGUCAAACAAGAGCUAUAGAAGCUGAGCAUAAUUUGGCUUGUACCCGGAUAGAAGAUGGUGCAAAUCACACUACUAUAAAGUCUCUCACAGGCAGGGUUGACCCAUCUUGUGAUGCUCUGAAUAACUUAUCAACUUUUUUAGAAUUAUCCCCGCGAUCCCGCAAUAAAGCUUUUCCUCCACUCCCAGAUCUUGCCACAUUAUAUUCCAUCGUAGGUAUUUGCGAAGACCAAAAUCUUGACAAUGAUAUCAUUGGAGCUUUAUUUGAUGACAACGAUCGGACCAUUUCCAUUCUUUCCGACAGUG